ACAACAACCAGUUGUCCAUUCCAACAGCCCCUUUGAGACCAUCUUGAAACAAAACUGUCAGAAUUGCUGGACACAUGUCACAGGUUGAGCAGGAGAUCUUACUUGUACAAAGGAAGAUGUCUGACCUCGAGUCAGUACUGCAGCAGAAGGACAUCGAGUUGAAAGCCUCAGAGACUCAAAGGACUAUCCUCGAACAGGACCUCGCCACCUACAUUACAGAAUGCAGCAGUCUGAAGCGUAGUCUGGAACAAGCUCGUAUGGAGGUCACGCAGGAGGAUGACAAAGCAUUACAGCUCCUCCACGACAUCCGGGAGCAGAGUAACAAGCUUCAGGAGAUUAAAGAACAGGAAUAUCAUGCCCAGUUGGAGGAGAUGCGAGUUUCCAUCCGACAACUGGAGGAGGACCUGUCAGCUGCUCGUCGUCGCAGCGACCUGUAUGAGGCAGAGUUGAAAGAGUCUCGUCAGAACAGUGAGGAAUUGAAGAGGAAGGCUGGAGACUAUCAGCAUCGAUUGCAGAAGGCCAAAGAGCAAGGAAAAGCGGAAGCAGAUGAGCUCAUCACCAAGCUGGAAAAGACCAAUUCAGAGCAGCAGGCAAAGCUCCAUGAUCUUCAAGAGAAGCUUGCCAAGGCAUUAAAAUCCAGUUCUGAAGCUACAGACCAUCUUCAAAGUAUGAAGAUGGCCAAAGAGCGCAUGGAACGAGAUCUAGAGAGACUACAGAACAAGGAGGACUCCAAUGACAGUCUGCGAAGACGUCUUCGUGAGACUGAGGAUGGUCGAAAGACACUGGAGAACCAGGUGAAAAGGCUUGAGAUUGUUGAACGUCGCGAGACCAAAAUGAAGGAUGACAUCCAGAGCAAGGGCCAGCAAAUUCAGCAGAUGGCAGAUAAAAUUCUGGAGCUUGAGGAAAAUCUGCGAGAUUCCCAAGCCACAGCACAGAGGAUGGACACACAUCUCAAACAGAAGGAGAAGCUCUAUGAAGAUAAGAUUAAGGUGUUGGAGUCUCAAAUGAAGGCGGACAUGGCUGAUAAAGAAAUGCUGGAGUCCAGUCAGAGCAAAUAUGAGGAGGAGGUUCGCGAGAAGUGCAGCAUCAUCAGUGAACAGAAGGCGACCAUAAAUGCAAUGGAGUCUAAGAUGAACAGCCUGGAGCAGAGAAUUGCUGAGCUGUCUGAGGCCAACAAACUAGCAGCCAACAGCAGCAUUUACACCCAGAAAAAUAUGAAAGCCCAGGAAGAGAUGAUCUCAGAGCUCCGCCAGCAGAAGUUCUACUUGGAGUCUCAGGCUGGGAAGUUGGAAGCACAGAAUGCCAAACUUGAGGAGCAUCUAGAAAAAACAAGCCACCAAGAGCAUGCGCACAAGAGUCGUGCUUUGGAGCUGGAAAACAGGCUCAGAGAGAUUGGACUGGAGCACGAGGAGCAGAAGCUGGAGAUCAAGCGGCAGGUGACAGAGGUGACCCUGUCAUUGCAGGAGCGCGAAGCCCAGAUCACCAACCUCCAGGCGGCUCGCCGCGCUUUGGAGAGCCAGCUGCAACAUGCCAAGACUGAGCUCGAAGAGACCACUGCAGAGGCUGAGGAGGAGAUCACUGUGCUCAGAGCACACAGAGAGGAGAUACAACGGAAGUAUGAUGCUUUGAGGGACAGCUGUGCGGUGAUCACCGACCUGGAGGAACAGCUGACCUCACUGACUCAGGAGAAUGCUGAACUGAACCGCCAGAACUUCUACCUGUCUAAGCAGCUGGAUGACGCAUCUGACGAGCGAGAGGACCGCCUGCAGCUCAGCCAGGAUGUGGACCAGCUACGUCGAGAGGUGGCCGACCGUGAGAUGCAUCUUAACAACCAAAAACAGAAUCUCGAAACACUGAAGACCACGUGCACGAUGUUGGAGGAGCAAGUCCUGGAACUUGAGACAUUAAAUGAUGAACUGCUGGAGAAGGAGAGACAGUGGGAUGCCUGGAGGGCAACGCUAGAAGAGGAGAAGAACCAGGCUGAGAGGCGGACGAGGGAGGUGCAAAGAAUGCUGGACACUGAAAAACAGAACAGACUACGUGCUGAGCAACGCAGCACUGAGUCUCGUCAGGCUGUGGAACAGGCCGUUAAGGAGCACAAAGCUGAGAUGGUGGCACUGCAGCAGAUUCUCAAAGACCAGAAACUCAAAGCUGAGAGCCUCGCGGACACCUUGAACGAUUUGGAGAAGAAGCAUGCCAUGCUGGAGAUGAAUGCACGUAGUUUGCAGCAAAAACUGGAGAGUGAGAGAGAUCUGAAACAACGGCUGUUGGAUGAGCAAGAGAAGCUUCAGCAGCAGAUGGAUGCUCAGAAGGCACAUAUCUUUCGUCUGACGCAGGGCCUGCAAGAUGCCCUGGACCAGACUGACCUGCUGAAAACUGAAAGAACUGACCUGGAAUAUCAGCUGGAGAACAUCCAGCUCCACCUGCAGGCUGUGUACUCCCAUGAGAAGGUGAAAAUGGAGGGCACUAUCACCCAGCAGACCAAGCUCAUCGACUUUCUCCAAGCCCAGGCCCAUGGUGGCUCGAAGAAGAAAAAGAGUCUUUUUGGGCGUCGGCGCGAGGACCUGUUGGCUGCCAUGGCUGCUCAGGCACAGGCCCAGGGACAAAGUCAGGGUCAGGUCUCCCCCGUGUCCUCCAUCCAGCCCGUUCCCCUGCAGUACAGUGAUAUGAAGGUAGCCCUGGACAAAGAGCGAACUCGCUGCUCUGAGCUUGAGGAUGCACUUCAGAAAAUGAGAGCCGAACUGCGAUCUCUCAGAGAAGAAGCGCUGCAAUACAAGGAAAAUAGCAGCUCCGCAAACCCAGCGGCGGCACGACAACAGAUGAUGAUGUCCGCCAUGGUGAAGUCUCCCGAUCACCAACAAGUCCCACCAAAUCUGGUACCAUCCAACUCGGGUCGCAGGAAGGAGGUUGCAACGCCUGAGGAAAGGAGGAGGGUCACAUUUGAAAAAUUUAGCCGGCGAAUGAAAGACAGUCAGAGGGAAAGAGAGAGGGCGCACCACCACACCGCUCACCGCUUCACAGUGGGACUCAACAUGCGCGCCGCCAAGUGUACCGUUUGCCUGGAUACAGUGCACUUCGGUCGACAAGCCGCUACCUGUCUCGAAUGUCACGCUCUGUGCCAUCCAAAAUGCUCCCCGUGCCUUCCAGCGACGUGCGGCAUGUCGAGCGAUUGCUCUCUGCAUCUUUCCGAGAGCUCGUGUCGGGAGAAGGGCAACUCUUCGGGCCAGCAGAUCAAAGAUGCCAGCGGGCACAUGCACCUGGAAGGAUGGAUGAAGCAGCCCAGAAAUGGAAAGCGAGGCCAAGGCUGGGAGAGGAAAUACGUGGUCCUUGAUGGGACUAAAGUGUCCAUCUUCGAGAGCGAACCCAGAGAAGAUUCAACGAAGCCACUGGAGGAGUUCGACUUGUGCAUGUCUGAUGGAGAGGUCGAAGUUCAUGGAGCGGUCGGGGCCACUGAGCUCCCCAACACAGCUAAAUCAGAUGUUCCAUAUGUCCUGAAGCUGGAGGCUCGUUGUCACACCCCUUGCUGGCCUGGACAGUCCGUUUACUUUAUGGCUCCCAGUUUCCCAGACAAGCAGCGCUGGGUGGCAGUCAUGGAAUGUGUCAUCGCCGGGGGGCGAAUCUCUCGGGAGAAGGCUGAGGCGGACGCAAAGCUCCUUGGGAACUCUCUCCUAAAGCUGGAAGGAGACGACAGGCUUGAUAUCAACUGCACUCUUCCCCUUACAGACCAGAUAGUCUUGGUGGGCUCGGAGGAAGGUCUGUAUGCCCUCAACGUGAUCAAGAACUCGCUGACCCACAUUCCUGGCCUGGGCUCAGUCUUUCAGAUCCACAUCAUCAAGGAGAUGGAGAAACUGCUGAUGAUUGUUGGGGACGAGAGGGCCUUGUGCCUGGUGGAGAUCAAGAGAGUAAAGCAGUCAUUGAGCCAGUGCCACCUGCCCAGCCAGUCCGAGCUGGCUCCGUACAUCUUUGAGACGGUGAAAGGAUGCCAUCUGUUUGCUGCCGGCAGAAUAGACAAUGGCUCCUGCAUAUGUGCCGCAAUGCCGAACAAGAUCACCAUUCUACGUUACAAUGACAGUCUCAGCAAGUAUUGCAUUCGCAAGGAAAUUGAAACUUUGGAGCCUUGCAGCUGCAUCCACCUGACGAGCUACAGCAUCAUCCUCGGCACCAACAAGUUCUACGAGAUCGAGAUGAAGCAAUUUGUACUUGAAGAGUUCCUGGACAAGAACGACAUGUCACUGGCCUCAGCAGUGUUUGCUGCCUCAUCCCAUAGCUUCCCCAUUGCCAUCAUGCAGGUGGCCAGCAGCAUGCAGAAGGAGGAGUACCUUCUGUGCUUUCAUGAGUUUGGCGUGUUUGUGGACACGUAUGGACGAAAGAGCCGCACUGAGGACAUUAAGUGGAGUCGACUGCCUUUGUCCUUUGCCUACAGAGAGCCCUACCUAUUUGUCACCUACUUCAACUCUCUGGACGUCAUCGAGGUUCAGGGUCACGCUGCUUUGGGUCCUUCAGUGCUGGCCCACCUGGACAUCCCCAGCCCUCGCUAUCUGGGCCCAGCCAUCUCCUCAGGAGCCAUAUAUUUGGCUUCGUCCUACCAGAACAAGCUGCGGGUCAUCUGCUGUAAGGGGAGCCUUAUCCGAGAGUCGGGAGAGCUGCAGAGGACCGGAUCCAGCAGAGGGAGUCCCAGCAAGCGAGGCCCUCCCACCUACUCGGAGCACAUCACCAAGCGCUUGACGUCAGGCCCCGGCAGUCACGAUGGCCUGCAUCGAGAGCCGAGCACGCCUCACCGCUAUCGAGAGGGACGCACUGAGUUCCGGCGCGACAAGUCUCCGGCCCGCCCCUUGGACAGGGAGAAGUCGCCAGGCAGGGUGCUGGACAGCCGCAGGGAGAGAUCUCCCGGACGAUUUGGGGACAACAACAGACUCAUUGCCGGGUCGGUGCGCACGCAGCUGGCUCCUGUUAACAAGGUAUGGGAUCAGUCGUCCGUGUGAAAGGUCACCAGCGCUUCUUUUGGACAGGCCAGUGACUCACACUUGACUGACAGGCGGCCAUAUUGCCUGUAACACAGUCACACAUCAUCUUUUGACGAUACAAACCUGAGAUGUGCUUUUUGGAGGCGGGGAAGCGUAUUCCACGGUUGAAUCGGUGGCAGGGAAAACGCGUGGAGCAUCUAUUUUAUAAUGGAUCGUUGGCGUAAUUGUAAAUAGUGUUAGGAGUUUUUAUAAAAGGGAAAAGUUGGCCAGUACAGCCAUGUCUAUUUUUGGGUAAAAUGAGAAUUUCUAUAGAUGGUUGCAGGGAGCCUCACACCAUCAAUAUCCAUUUCUUGUAUUCAUGGUCGUGAGGGAGAGGUCAAAGCAAUUUGCACACGAAUCAACUGGAUUUGAACAGGAUGUAAAAACUUUUUUUGGUUUGGUUUUGUUUUCCACGGCAAACGUGAGGUUCUCUUUUGUGACCGUAUUUCCUUUGCUAUCCACUCGUUGCAUAUAGAAGUGCUUCAUUGAAUACAAUGUUGUCUUGUGUUGUUUCCAAAGCUCAGAGUGCUGCCUCAACUUGCUCUUGUUGGUCCACAGCAUCCCGUCCGUGUGUGCUGCGACAUGUCGUGGAUGUCAAUGGUGUUGUUUCUUUAGUGCCUGUGUGACCACCUCAUCAGUAAGCAUGACAUGCACUAUUUAGAGCAGCUUGAUUUUUUCUCCUGCUUGUUAUUUUCUGUCAAACCUGCGUUCAAUAAUUAGAGGAUAGCAACGCUAACAAAGGAUUUUCCUGAUUUUUAGAUAUCUACACAAGACAUCAUUAAAACAUGAUUGAAGCCCGCG